CUGCCAUCUAUUGCAUAAAUUGUUAUACGUCUGUCGUCAAUCAAGGAUACAUAGAACUAUAGACAGGACAAUCAGAGUUGUGACCAAUGAAACUACCAAUCUCUGGGUCAUCAUUGAUCAAGUUGACAAAAAAGUCAAGCCUUUUUAAAAUGUAAAAAUCUUUUCAUUGUUUUUUCUUAAAACUUUAUUAUUCACACAAUUUAUUUAUUUUUAUGUGUGUGUGUGUAUGUGUAAUUCAUUAGUGGCAAGCAUAACAGGAGGAUAAGUUCAAUGUCAGCGAUCAAAUUUUUUAUUCAUCGUCCAGACAUUGAUGUACCACUUGCUUAUCGGUUACAAAUGUCUCUGUUUAAAAGUAUGGAUUGGAAUAAAUUGAUGAAAAAGUUGCAUGAGAUAACACAUUUUCAAUUUGCUGGUUUUACGCUUACAUGGAAUGAUGGCUUUCAUAAUUGUAUACUUACAGAUAUAAAGGAUAUCAUGAGAGCCGUGGAGUAUAUCCAAGACAAAGAAUUGGUUGAUGAUUGCCUACAUGUAAAAGUCAAUACUAUUCCAAAAUCUUUACCAAAUCAAAGUGUAUGUGGUAAUCUUCACCAGUCUAAUAAACCUAUUUAUUAUCCCUAUCCACCAACGUAUGCAGAAGCAAUAGGCUCACAGGCACCAUUAACUUCUAAGGGGAAAAGCAAAGUGGCUACUAAAGUUAUCAUAAUUCGUCCAAAUCAACAGAAUGACAAUCAAGAAGCAAGUAUUCACUAACCCUAAUUUGUUUGGCUCCAUCUACUAAAGUCCUUUCUGAAUGCAAAUAAAUAUAGUAAUUUUACAUUAAAGUGAUUGAAGGCCCAAAAGAAAGUUAAGAACACAAAUAAAGCGUAUCUCUCUUCUCCAUGCCUUUGAGUAGAGAUAGAGAGAAAAAGAGAGUGAGAGAGAGAGCGAUUUCUAUGUUAACUGCUAUAUUUGUUCGCUUUAUGCAAACAUUUUUACACAUGCCUUAUUUAUUUACUUUUAUAUACAAGUACAAGAUUGUUGAUUGUGCAUAAUUUAAUAUGGUGCCAUAAUGGAAAACACAAUUUUGUACUCUUACUUAAUAUUUAUUAAAAUAUUACUUGGAA